GGUCGUACGACGAGGAGGUGAGCUGUCUCGGCGGCAUGGAGCUGGCGGAGUUUGCGCGGGACCACGACGUCAGGGCGGAAGGCUGCAUCAUUGGGGAGCCGACCGGCAUGACUGUGGUGAUUGCUCACAAGGGCACCUCCCACUUUUGGGUUCGUGUGCGGGGCAAGGCGGCGCAUUCGUCGCUCGCGCUGACGGGUGAAAGCUGCAACGCCAUCGACUACGCCACAAAACUCAUUACGAAGCUGCGCGAGAUUGCGGAGGAGUACCGCCGGAACGGCACCCGGCAUGACUUCGAGGUGCCGUUCUCAACGCUGUCGACGAACCUCAUCAGUGGCGGCAACGCCUCGAACACCGUGCCCGCGGAGUGCGAGUUCCUCUUCGAGUUUCGAGCGCUUCCCAACGAGACUGUCUCCAAGAUGAUGCAGCAGGUGCGGUCUUACGUGGAGACGCAGCUUCUCCCGGCCAUGAAGGCGGAGUUUGAGGACGCUGAAAUUGUUAUCACGCCGCGGGAUGAAACGCCGUCGUUUGAGGGCAGUGAGGAGGCGCCCUUCACCAAGCUGGCAUGCGCCAUUAACAAUGAUUACAAGGUUUGGAAAAAAAACUAUUGCACGGAGGCGGGCCACUACAGUGGGAUUGCCGGCGCACCAACUGUGAUAUGCGGACCCAAUGGCGGGGCCAUACACUGUGCGAAUGAGUAUGUCACCCCCGCGCAGCUCGACAAGUGCCGUGAGUUUGUUCUGAGGGUGGCGGAGAGCCUCAAGGCGUCCCCUGCCCACCUGUGA